GUUUGACGCAACAUUGCCAACAACAAACGCUGCAAACUCUGCAAAGGUGCCGGUAGAUACACUGAGGGAAUAUUCAAUCCACCGGACUACUGGCACGCUUUUCUCACGGGGUUUAAUUUUGUACUUGCAAACAUGAUCGCAGAGGAAAGCUUUGGGUCCAUCGAGAACAGGAUGCAGUCUGUAGGUCUGGCUCUGGAGGAGUUGCUGGUGACGGCUCAGAAACAAGACUGCCUGACUGUUGGCAUUUAUGAAUCCGCUAAGCUUCUUAAUGCAGAUCCAGACAGUGUGGUCCUGUGCGUUCUGGCAGAUGAUGGAGACGAUACAGACGAUGUGGCCCUACAGAUCCACUUUACCCUGCUACAAUCCUUCUGCUGCGACAACGGCAUUACCAUCCUGCGAGUCUCAGGAGUUCAGCGGCUCCAGCAGCUGCUGGGUGCUGUGGACGCCAACAGAAACCAGGAAGAGCACAGAGACUUCCACUGCAUGCUGGUUACGAACCCCCAGGCUGACCAUUACAGGCUACAAGAGGUGGGGAUCUACUGCCAGGAGAGUCGACGCCUUGACCAGUGGGUUCCUGAACUGGUCCUGCAGGAACGCUGAAGGGUCUCGCACCCGCAUACACCAACAAACACCAGAGCUUUCUGGGUUCAGUUACUGAUGAACUGAAGGAUCAGCUGUUGCUCAUGCAGAGAUGGCCUGGGAUGGACUAGGACGAGCUAUCCUGACUGACUACAAGCAGGAACCAAGGACUCCCUUUCAGCGACUCGUGAAACAGUCAGAGUGGAGACCGGUUUACAAAACGUGCUUUGUGCAGAAGAAACAGACAGAAAAGCAGAUUCACAUCCAGGCCACAUUGUUUUUUUUACAUUGUCAGUAAAACUACAUCUAAGCUACUAUUGUGUGCUUCUGUGAGGUUACUCAUAAUGUCUAUGGGGUGUGACAACCAAUAACAGGAGUAGUAACGUGGAAAGAAACAUGUUCCACACCCCGACUUGUACCUGGAAGACCUGUGUGUUUUCUAGGACAGGACUGGAAUGCUGUUAUGAAACUAUGCUCAACAUUCCUGUGUAUUCUGACAUGGGAGAGUCCUUGGAGAGAAGGUGUGCAUGUGUGCAUGUGUGGUAUGCAUAUACAAUACUCGUGUCUUUCUUUAGAAAAGAAUGGGCGUGCAACGUGUGCGUUUCUUGAAAUGAGCAGCUGAACCUGCGGAGGGAUUGUCACCAUGGAAACUAAAAUGGAAAUGAUGGUCCAGUUAAAGUGACACAGGAUUUAUUGGCAUUUCAGGACCACAAAAAAAGAAAAGGGGGGGGGGGGGGGUGACAUGAUGUGUUUUGUCAGAGGAGGAUACAGAUUGACCAAAAUAGUGAACUAUCUGAUCUUAUGGGGGAAAAAAAGUCUGCUGUAAAUUCUCAUUGUGCUGCAAAAGUAACCACAGUCAAUAUCUUUGUGCCUUAAGGAGUGCUACUCUUUUGAUCAAAUGCUGUUAAAACAAUAUGAACAGUGCCACAACAUGACUUUAUUGAUUGUAUCUGUUGUUUGUGUAGCUAUUUAUUGUCCAAUGUUCUGUAAUGCUCUGUUAUCUAAGACAAUAAAUUAUUGUAU